AUGCAUCCCGACUUAUCUCGACACUGGCCCACUGAAGAAUACAAUGUCUUCAUUAACUGGCUUAGGGAGUGUCACAAAAAUUAUAGCAUUUGGGAAAUUUUUGGUCAUUGCAAUGAUCCUGAUCAGGAGAGGAGAAAAUGCUUGAAUAGUGAAGACACAGAAAAGAAGACCAAGAGCAGGGAGUAUAACAAUGCAUGCAAAAAAGAUGUUUUUAAUCCUGCAGAGGAAUCUGAAAAACAAAUUACAGGAUGUCCUUUUGGUGUGGGUGAAGCGUGGUCCAUACAGUGUAAUGUCAUCUAUGCGGAUAUGACUCCAUCGCUACAGGUACAAAAUGGUGGCACUGUGGCAGCCUGGUCCCUGAGUGUUUGUAUGGAGCAGAUGUCCCUGACAGACUACACGGGAUAUAUACCAUGA